AUGAAGACGUCUCACUCUCUGGUCGCGCUCGCAUUGGCGGCCUCCGCCUGUGCCGAGGAUGUCCUCUACAGCAAGCGCCUGACCAAGCGAUUCAUCGAUGACGAUGGCAACUACAACAUGUCCUUCUUCCACGUCAAUGAUGUCCACGCCCACCUGGACGAGUACCGCUCCUCUGGAUCCGACUGCACUGAUCCGACCAGGGGCUGCUACGGCGGCUACGCCCGCCUCAAGCACACCGUCGACGGACUGCGCAAGGAGCACCCAGACAACCUGUGGCUCAACGCCGGUGACGAGUUCCAAGGCACCCUCUUCUACUCUUAUUACAAGGGCGAGAAGAUUGCCGAGGUCCUCAACACCCUUGAGUUCGACGCCAUGACUCUGGGCAACCAUGAGUGGGACGGUGGCGAUGAGCAGCUCGGCGAGUUCCUCCUGAACUUGACCUUCCCUGUUGUCUCGUGCAACGUCAAGAGCGAGUACGCCGGCCUUAACAAGACAAUCAAGAACUACCACAUCUUUGAGGAGCACAACUUGGCUGUCAUUGGAGUCACCACCGAUACCACUCCCGGCAUCUCCAGCGUCGGCGAGAAGACUACCUUCCUCGACCCCAUUGAGGAGGUCCAGAAGUCUAUCUGGGAGAUUCGAAACACCACCGAAAUCAAGCGCAUCGUUGCCCUCACCCACAUUGGCUACGAUGUUGACCAGGAGCUCGCUGCCCAGACCGAGGGUCUGUCUCUCAUUAUCGGUGGUCACAGCCACACUCUUCUAGGUGACAUGGAUGAUGCCGAGGGAGACUACCCUACCAUUGUCGAGGAUGUCAACGGCGACGAGGUCUUCAUCGUUACUGCUUACAGAUGGGGCGAGUAUUUCGGCUCCAUCGACAUCACCUUCGACGAGGAUGGCAAGGCCCUGGCCUACCACGGCGCUCCCAUCCACAUGGACAACAGCACUGAGAUGGACGCGGGCCUCAACAAGACCAUCAAGGCCUGGAGAGGUCCCUUCGAGAAGUUUGCCGCGGUGGUGGUCGGCAACACCAAGGUUGAGCUUGACCAGACCACUUGCCAGGACGGCGACUGCCUCCUCGGCCAGGUCAUGGCUGAUGCCAUGUACGAUUACCGCUUCGCCGACGCCCCGGAGUCGUCAAAGCCUGAUUUCGCCUUUAUCAACGCCGGUGGUGUCCGUGCUACCAUUGAUGCGGGCAACAUCACCCGAGGCGAGGUCCUUACCUCAUUCCCCUUCGGCAAUGCCAUCGUCGAGCUCACAUACACCGGUGCCGAGCUGAGCAAGAUCUUCGAGGGCGCUGUUGCCGGCAUCAACUUGUCCAACGACGAAGAGAUCACCUCCUGGUUCCAGGUUUCCAAGACCCUGAACAUUGCAUACAACCCCGACAACAACAACGGCUCCAAGAUCAUCAACAUGACCAUUGACGGCGAGGCCGUCAAGGAUGACCAGGAGUACCGAAUGAUCACUCUGGAUUUCCUGGCUGGCGGCGGUGACAACUUCUUGGAGGUCACCACUGACUUUAUCACCCUCGAUACCCAGGAUGAGGUCCUCAUUGGGUAUCUCGAGGACAACAACCCUCUCGAUGUGAAGCUGGAGAAGCGUGUUGUGACAACCGACCAACAGGCCGCCGACAACAGCAGCAGCAGUAAUAACAGCAGCAGCGACAGCAGUGACUCUGGCUCGAGCGGCAGCGGUGGUAGCGGUGGUAGUGCAGCAAGCAUUACUCAGGCUUCGCUAUAUGCCGCCAUGAUUGGCACUACGAUCGCGUUGGCCCUGAUGUAA